AUGAACCUGACCACGACCAAGACCCGUCUCAAGGGGGCUCAGACGGGUCACUCGCUGCUCAAGAAAAAGUACGUUACCCGACUCGCAGCCAAUACAACUCGCCCGCUCCUUUCUUCUACCCCCCCCCCCCCCACUUGCGCACAGCGUGAAACUUACGCUCUCGACCUCCUCUCCGACCAGGUCCGACGCGUUGAACAAACGAUUCCGAGCGAUCCUAGGCAAGAUCGACGAGGCGAAACGCAAGAUGGGCCGCGUGAUGCAACUCGCCGCCUUCUCCCUCGCCGAGGUGACCUACGCCACGGGCGACAUCUCGUACCAGAUCCAAGAGUCCAUCACCGAAGCCACAUUCAGGGUCCAGACCAAGCAGGAGAACGUAUCGGGUGUUAUCCUGCCCACAUUCGAGCCGUUGCAUUCCAAAGCUGAUGGUGGCAAUGGGGGUCAGUCGUCAUUACCUUAUAAUUCGGGCGAGUACUAUUCUGCUCACGUUCAGCUACGCACGCACAGGUUUCGGCUUGACGGGUUUGGGACGAGGUGGUCAGCAAAUCACAAAGUGCCGAGAAACGUUCGCAAAAGCUGUCGAGACCUUGGUCGAGCUGGCUUCCUUACAGGUGCGCAUGAACCACCCAAUCCCCACCUCCAUCUUCAGCACCGAAUCCUGACCCCCCUCUUUCCACUCCACCCCUCUACAGACCGCCUUCGUUAUUCUGGAUGAAGUGAUCAAGAUGACCAACCGACGUGUGAAUGCGCUCGAGCACGUCGUCAUUCCGCGACUGGAGAACACGAUCAACUACAUCAACUCAGAGUGGGUCCAUCUUUGACAACGGCAUACACCCUUCGUCCAAGCUAACCUCACCUGUCUUCCAAACCUUCAGGCUCGAUGAGAUGGACCGAGAAGAAUUUUUCCGUCUCAAAAAGGUGCAGAGCAAGAAGAAGCGGGAUGGAGCGGCGAGGGAAUUGGAGGAGAAGCAAAAGCGGGAGGCAAAGGAGAAGGCGGGGGAACCGAUCGAGGAGGUCGAUGAGACCCCGAGCGCGAAUAUGGUGGACGAGAAGGAUGAAGAUGGUAGGUCUUCCCUGUUGUUCUGCUUCCUCGGAUGAGGGUAUGCUGCUGACGCCCUGCUCCAUACUUGGCCCUUCGCAGUUAUCUUCUAA